CAAAAAAAUACUCUACUGAAAUGGCCGAAAGCAACGGCACGCACAUAAAAGCACUAUUUGACUGGGUGACCGAGCAUGGGGGCUCGGCCAGCAAGGUCCAGAUCGAGGCUGUUCCUGGAGUCGGCAACGGCGUGGUAGCCAAGCAAGCGCUGACCGCUGGUGAAGCAUACAUACACAUUCCCCCUGAGCUCAUAAUCACAGACAAGGUGUGCCGAUCGAUUCUUCCCGCAGACAGCGAGCUGGAGGGACGCCCACUAAUGUGUGCGUUCCUGGUGCACGAGCGGUUCGUCAACAAGCAGUCGUUCUGGAAACCAUACAUUGACGUACUGCCAAAGGAGUUCCACACGCCGUUGUUUUUCAGCGAUGAUGAGUUGCAGUUUCUGGAUGGCACACCGGCAGGCAGUUCAGUGGGCGAGAUGCGGGAAAAGUACAUGAAGGAAUAUGAGCAGGCGCUGGAGGCGGUGGAGGAGACGGUUCUUCCGCGAUCAGUGUUUACGUUCAACACGUACCUAUGGGCAGUCACAGUCUGCACAUCGCGGUCGUUCACGGACGAUCUGGUGAAGGACCAUGAGGAUGCGCGGUCGGCGCGGAAUGCGAUUCUGUUGCCGUUGAUGGACAUGGUGAACCAUUACCCCCAGAGUAAGGUCACGUGGCGACACGGUACAUCGGGGAUCUCCUUGGUGACCGAGGUGGGGCUGGCAGCGGGAUCGCAGGCGCUGAACAACUACGGGCCCAAGUCGAACGAGGAGCUGAUGCUCGGAUACGGGUUCUGCAUCGCCGGCAACCCGUUUGACUUUUUCCAUGUGAAGCUCAACUACGCGAGCGACCCGCUGUAUAUGCAGAAGAAACAAGUGCUGGAAGCGACCGGACUGGGCGAGUUGCGGCACUGCAUUACGCGGGCAGCGAUGACCACCGAUCUUUUGCCGAUUCUGCGUGUUCUGGCGAUGAACGAGGCAGACAUGCAUUAUCUGGGAGCCGCGCAGCGUGAAGACCUGGAAGACUGCGGGCUGCGGGUAGAGUUGAAUGCGCGUCAUCUUUUGCUACUACUGCUGGGCCAGCAGCGAUGCAAAUUCGAGGCAGUUGAGGCUAAUCUGCCUAACAUUGACACGGAAAACACACGGGUGGCGCGAAUGUACAGGAAGGGCGUCUACGAGGCGAUCAUCAGCACAAUCGACGAGCUUGUCAGCUCAGUACGGCAACUUGGCGCGCUUGGUAGCGAUCUAGCUAGAGCUGGCAAACACGCGCUGCCAAAAUACAUAGCUACGGGUGGAGCUAGCUGCGAUGUUGUGCUGCAGCAGGGCAACACCACUGAUAGCUCGCCCAACAAGCGCGCGCGCACCGAGAGCCCGGUGGAACAGUUUAUCGAUACUGCAGUAAUCACAGAGGAGUCAUUUGUGGGGGACGCUGCAUUCGCAGAGGCUGCAGAGCAGGUGGAUGUGGACGAAGAUACGCUGCUAGCGCUGUUCCUGAUCCGCGCGCUUUUUGAUCCGGCCUCGGUGUGGCAUGCUGCAGUCAAGCGACUUGAAGAGUUCAAGCAUCCGAUGCUGGUAGCCGAGCAGAGCGAGCAGUAUGCGGACAUGCUAAUGGAGCUUUACGAGAUUCACUCCGCACUGUUUCCAGUUCUCAGUGAGACGUUUGCAGAUGUCUUUGAUGCUGGGCAGUUUUCGCUGGACCGGUUCCUGUGGGCAGCAGGCGUAGUCAGCGCACUGGAUGUACGUGUAGCAGUGGAUGGCGAGGGGGAGGCAGUGAAUGGAGUGUGUAUAGUCUGAAUGAGCAGUGUGAUCGUCGAGAAUGAAUCGUCAAUAUCGUUGCAUAGCUACUGGCGAGAAAUGUUUGCGAUGAUCACAAAUAUACACUGGCGACUCUACAGUUAUUUCAUCAACAGUUGGAACGGAUCGCCCAACCAUAGUGUGGCAUGUCGUGUGUGAUAUACUCCGAAAACAGCCCCUUGCAACUGCCUUAAUAUGUUUACUUUCUGAAGUACCUUUCUACGACAUAUAUUGGAGCGUAUGAAGUAC